AUGGCCACCUCUAGAGUACCCACUAUUAAGCAAUUGGCCGCGUAUACUACGGAUUUUGGCUCACUAUACGCUACAUGUGCUGUAACUGUCGGCGCUUUCGUAUCAUCAGAGCUGUUCCUGCACCCUAGGUUGUCGAAACAGUUUCGUACCGAUGAUCUUGCCAUAAACAAGAGCUAUGUACCCAACGAGACCAUCACCAACCUGCAGUGUCUGUUGAUUGCGUUUCCGCUGCCGAUGUUGGUGUUGAGUUGGUGGUGCUUGGUGGGAAGCGAUACGCUGGUCCAAAAUCGUUUCCUAGCACGUUCGCACGUCGGUGUGGCCAAACCAGACUGGCUGGCGGCGAAAUACCACUUGUACCACGCCAGCUGCGUCGCUUUGGUACUGGUAUUGGGCUUCAACGGGCUGUUGACCAACGCGUUGAAACUACUCAUCUCAAAUGCUAGACCCGACUUUAUCGCCCGGUGCAAACCGGAGGAUUCGUCGGCACCGUACGUAUCUGCCGCGCAGUGUACGCAAGAGGACAAAUUCAUACUCUACGAAGGACUGAAAAGCACUCCCAGUGGUCAUUCCAGUUUCGCGGCGGCCGGCCUGGGAUUCCUGUACAUGUGGCAGGUACGACACACGCGUGUAUCUCGACUGCGUCACAUUUGGUGUCCUGUGCUGUGCCUGUUGGUGAUGGUGUCGAGAGUGGUAGAUCAUCGGCACCAUUGGUACGAUGUGAUAUCGGGAUGUUUGUUGGGAAUGGGCGUAUGCGCACUGGUGUGGCGCAGUCUAAUGCGCGAGGAUGUCCCAACACUGCUGCCAUUGUGA